AUCCCGGAAAGGGAAAUGUCAGCAAAAUGAAGUAGUGUUUUUGAACAUCUGGCAGCAGCAGCAGCAGCAGGAGAAGCAGGGAAAAAAAAACAUCCACGGUUGCCCAGUUUUGGUGUGCAGGAGGACGGCGAGGAGACGGAUUUGAACCCGCAGCAGGACACGGUGCUUGUGAGAGGCAUGAAUGACUUUGCAGUUCUCAACACAGGGCGGAAGAUGCCCCUCCUUGGACUGGGAACAUGGAAGAGCGAGCCAGGAAAGGUGAAGCAGGCAGUCAUUUGGGCCUUGCAGGCUGGGUAUCGCCACAUUGACUGUGCUGCCAUCUACGGCAACGAGGUUGAGAUUGGAGAAGCUUUGCAGGAGACGCUCGGCCCCGGCAAGGCCCUGAGGCGAGAGGACGUGUUCAUCACAUCGAAGCUGUGGAACACCCGGCACCACCCAGACGAUGUGGAGCCGUCCCUGCUGAAGACCCUGAAGGACCUGAAGCUGGAGUACCUGGACCUCUACCUCAUCCACUGGCCCUACGCCUUCCAACGAGGAGAUGUUGCUUUCCCUAAGAAGGAGGAUGGCACUCUGCUGUAUGAUGACAUCGACUACAAGCUGACCUGGGCAGCCAUGGAGAAGCUGGUGGGGAAGGGCCUCGUCCGGGCCAUCGGCCUGUCCAACUUCAACAGCCGGCAGAUAGACGACAUCCUGUCUGUGGCCAGCAUCAAACCCACCGUCCUCCAGGUAGAGAGCCACCCUUACCUGUCCCAAGUGGAGCUGCUGGCCCACUGUCGGGACCGCGGCCUGGUGAUGACGGCCUACAGCCCUCUGGGCUCUCCUGACCGCGCCUGGAAGCAUCCGGGCGAGCCCGUCCUGCUGGACGAGCCCGUCCUCGCCACGCUGGCGAAGAAAUACAACAAAUCCCCUGCUCAGAUUAUCCUGAGGUGGCAGACGCAGCGAGGAGUGGUGACAAUCCCUAAGAGCGUGACGGAGUCCCGGAUCAAAGAGAAUAUACAGGUGUUCGACUUCACUCUUGAAGGAGAGGAGAUGAAGAGCGUAACAGAUUUGAACAAAGGCUGGCGUUACAUUGUACCAAUGAUCCAGGUGGGAGGAGAGUGGGUUCCCAGGGAUGCAGGACAUCCUCACUACCCCUUCAACGACCCCUACUGACGACUCACAUCGACACCCGAUUCUGUGCCUUGGACACCCACCAUCAACACUUUAUCACCCACCUUCCCCUCCACCCGACAGGCUCCCCGGGUCCUGCCGUUCAAAUGUCUCUUUGGGUUAUGUCAAAACAUGCACUUAUCAUAAGACAUUCAAAUUACUGUUGGUGAUGAAGCCUUGAAAAUGUUGUAUGACUGUACAUGUGCUGUGUGUGUUAUUUUUUAAUAAACUUUUUUGUUACUUCCCUUG